CUUCACUCUUUAAUUUCCUUCGGGGUUUUUCGCCCUUAUUCUUUAAAAGAAAAAAGAAAUAUUUUUGCUCUUAGUUAGCUUCCAAUACCAACAAUUUUCCAUGGUUUAUACCUCUGGUAGCCGUUGGCUUUGUUUUUCAUUGACAGCAGUGUGCUUUAUAGUUUGGGUUGAGUUAAUAUGCAUGGUCUCAGCUGUUUUGAUUUCCAUCUUUGGUUUAUCUUAUUUCUUCAAUCAUUUGAUUGAAAUAUGCUCACUGAUAUGUUUGCAAAUAACCCAAUUACUGAUAUGUUUGUCAAAGUUUCAAUCUUUCAUUUGUCUUUUCAGAAAAGUUUCGGAAUUUGCAAUUUUUUCCCUCACUUGGGUUGAAUUUGAAAGCAGUUUAUAUUGAUGUGGGAACUUUACUUUCAGUUGAUAUCUUGAACAUGUGUGGAUUGUUUCUCUCUUGCGAUUUGGGUUAAGAAAGGAUUAAGGAAUGGUUCCCACGGGGAUUGAUCUUGAGCUUCCGUCUGGAGAGUAUCAUAAGGAAGACAACAGACCCAAUGUGAACAUUAACAUGAUGGAGGGUGGUGAUGGAAGGCAUGACAGAGGCAGAGUCAGCGGGAAUGAUGAGGGAAACAGUGGGCGAAAUGUUGGUGUAGCGGUAGUAGAUGCAAGACCCAGAGCAUACACUGGAGGUGAAAUAAACUUGAAUUCUGUGAAGAAUUUAGAGCCUCAUGAUGGAAUGGAAUUUGAAUCAAAGGAGGAAGCUUUUUCAUUCUACAAAGAAUACGCCAAGUUUGUCGGCUUUACCACUAUAAUAAAAGCUAGCCGUCGAUCAAGAAUUUCUGGGAAGUUUAUUGAUGCAAAGUUUGUAUGCACUAGAUAUGGAAAUGAGCGAGAGUCUGGUGGAGUGGGGACUCCAGAACCAGUUCCAAGCGCAGAUAUUCCAACAACCAUUCCUGUCAAGAAGAAAAGAGGUAGAGUUAACCGAUCAUGGUCAAAAACAGACUGCAAAGCCGGCAUGCAUGUGAAGAGAAGGCAAGAUGGAAGGUGGAUUGUUCGUAGUUUCAUCAAGGAGCAUAACCAUGAUAUAUUUCCAGACCAGGCAUAUUUCUCCGGAGGUCAUAGAAAUUUAGGUCUAGGUAAUAGUAACGUCCAUACAUUGCAUGGAAGAACCAAAAAAAUGUAUGUUUCCAUGUCCAGACAAUUUGGUGGGCACAAGAAACUUGAGAGUCAUAAGAGUGGUGACACAAAUCGAUUACGUAGCUGUCAGCUCUUGGGUUUAGAGGAGGGAGAUGUUAAAGCCUUGCUUGAUCAUUUUCUCUGUAUGCAAGAUGAAAAUCCUAACUUCUUUUAUGCUAUAGAUCUCAAUGAAGAGCAGCGCUUGAGAAACUUGUUUUGGGUUGAUGCCAAAGGAAGGCUUGAUUAUGGCUAUUUUUAUGAUGUGGUUUUUUUUGAUACCACUUAUAUUAAGAAUGAAUAUAAGUUACCAUUUGUUCCCUUCAUUGGUAUGAAUCAUCACUUUCAGUUUCUGUUACUUGGGUGUGCGUUAGUUGCUGAUGAGACUAAAUUAACUUAUGCCUGGCUCAUGCGGGCAUGGCUUAGAGCAAUGGGUGGACGACCUCCAAAAGUAAUACUAACUGAUCAUGACAAGGCAUUGAAAGAAGCUAUAGCAGAGGUCUUUCCUGAUUCCCGUCAUUGUUUUUGCUUGUGGCAUAUAGUGAGCAAGAUACCCGAGAAGCUUAGUUAUGUGAUGGGGCAACAUGAAAAUUUCAUGACCAAAUUUGAUGAAUGUGUCUUUAAAUCUUAUACCGAUGAGCAGUUUGAAAAGAAAUGGUGGGAAUUGGUUGAUGGAUUCAAUUUAAGAAAUGACAUCUGGUUUCAAUCAUUAUAUGAAGAUCGUCAACAAUGGGUACCAGCCUACAUGAGAGGCGUUUUUCUUGCAGGAAUAUCUACAAUGCAACGUUCAGACAGUGUAAGCUCUCUCUUUGACAAAUAUCUGCAGAGGAAAACUAUGUUAAAAGAGUUUUUAGAUCAGUAUGAAACACUUCUACGAGAGAAGUCUGAAGAGGAAGCUAAAGCUGAUUUUGAAACUUGGCAUAAACCACCUCAGUUCAAAUCUCCAUCACUUUUUGAAAAACAAAUGUCUCCUUUGUACACACAUGCAAUAUUUAAAAAAUUCCAGGUUGAAGUUUUGGGAGGGAUUGCUUGUCACCCAAGAAAAGAAAGUGAACAAGGAGGCACUAAAACUUUUAAGGUUCAAGACUUUGAAAAAAAUCAAGAUUUUAUUGUGGUGUGGAAUGAGGCAACAUCAGAUUUAUCUUGUUUAUGCCGUGGUUUUGAAUUUAAUGGCUUUCCUUGUAGACAUAUACUGAUUAUUCUGCAGUUGUCUGGGGUUCAAAGCAUCCCUUCACAACAUAUAUUGAAACGUUGGACAAAGGAUGCAAAGAGUAGACAAACCACAGGAGAAGAAUCAGAUGUUCUUGAGACUAGAAUGCAACGUUACAAUGAUCUUUGCCAACGGGCCUUUAAAUUGGGUGAUGAAGGGUCUUUGUCUCAGGAGAGUUACAAUAUUGUACUCAAUGCUCUGGAAGAAGCAUUGAGAAAAUGCGAGAGUGUCAAUUGCUCAAUUCGGGGUGUAACAGAACUGAUGUCGCCACAAACUCAAGGCUCUCGUCACUUUGAAGAAUUGAACCAAAGUAACAGCACAUCCAAGGCAGUAAAAAGGAUUAAUGCAUCCCAAAAAAGACAGGGAUAUCCAGAAGGAGAGAUCUCAAACUCUGGGAUGCCUGACAGCUGGCAACAAAUGGGACAAUCAAAUAUACGAGUGCCAAGCCUUGAAUGUUCUUAUGAGUCACAAGAGAGUAUUCGUGGGAUGGAACAACUGAAUUCAAGAACUCCAGCUAUUGAUAGCUAUUUUGGUGCUCAACAACUUGUGCAGGGAGUGGGACAAUUGAACUCUAUUGCCCCACCACAUGAUGCUCAUUACAUUACUCAACAAAGAAUGCAUGGGAUGGGACAAUUACACUUCAGACCACAAACUAUUCCCAUUUGUUAUGACAUUCAAGAUGAUAUACAAGACAUGGUACUCAAGGACCAACAUAAUGUAGGAGUAGGUCCCCCUCAGUUGCAUGGCAUGGUAUCAAAACAGCUACAUUCCAAACAUGUCUCUCGUUAGGUGACGUUACAGAACUUGUCUAACGGAGGUGAUUGAAGUAUUCGACUUAAAGAACUUGUCUAACGGAGGUGAUUGAAGUAUUCGACUUCAGUAAUUGAUUGUCAUGCUUGUCAUCAAUGAAAUUUAGAGUCAACAAGCAAGUAGGGUUGACUGUGGAGAUUCUGUAUUUAUUUGCGCUGACUGACAUUGGUUCCAUGGACAUUAAAGAUGGACAAUCAAAGUAUCAAUCCAUCAUCAUUCACUGCACCCUGCUGACCCUCUUGAAGAUGCUAACAAGUUUUCUUUUCCCCUUCUUUUACUGUCAGCAAUGCUGCCAUAGCAAUUCUGUAAAUGGUGUUUAGGCUUAAGCGUCGCAGAGUGUGUUUUUUCGCCAUGGAAACCCUGAAUUCUCUCUACUAAGAGUUUUACCUUUUGUAUAUUAAACAGUAAUGUAUAUUUCAUAUUCUUUUAUUGUAUCCGCACACAAGUUUUCAGUA